UUAAGCAAAAAUAGAAAUCGUUUGGUGGACUUCCUCAUCUUAAAGGAUGUAUAAUCCAGGACGUCUGGUAUCAGGUUUCCCACCUGGCAUUCUUCCUUCUGUUGCUCACUUCUACCCAGCUUUUCAGGGGUCAUUUGCUCCAUUCCCAGUGUCGAACCUCUUCCUGCCCAGCCACUUGUUCAGCUUCAACAUUCUACAGAACUGCAUUCCUCCAGAGCCCUGCAAGCAGGCACUCAUCCUGGCAACACAGGAAGCUGGAUUGGUUGGGAUUGCAGACUAUACAGACGAAAGCUGCCCAGUCAAGCAGAGACGUGCCCGAGCCAAUUACAGCAGCUGGCAACUAGAAGAACUGGAGAAAGCAUUUGAAACAACACAAUAUCCAGAUGUGUUCAUGAGAGAGGCCCUUGCGCUUAGACUAGAUCUGAUUGAAGCAAGAGUUCAGGUAUGGUUUCAGAAUCGCCGUGCAAAGAUGAGACGUCAGAUGAAACUGCAAGAAAGAUCUGCUGAGACUCAAUCACAGAGAGAUUUAGAGAAGUCCAAGGAAAAAAGGGCAAAGGAUAGUGUCAAAGGUUUACAGGCAUAUGAUAAGAUUAGAGAACCAGACAACUCUCGAAGCUCCAGGGACUACACACACUCUAAGAAUGAGCUCAACAGUGUGGAGACCUCGUCAGAAGUGACCAUGUUUGAGAAGAGGGGAGGUGGGAAAGGCAUGUGUCCAGAUAACAUCCAUUCUAGCAGCAUUGCACUCCUUCGGGCUAAGGCCCGGGAACAUACAGCUGGUAUUGGGAUCUUUGUAAUACAGGACAAGAAAGAAUUGCAAAGGGGUCAAGGAUAUCCAUAACAGAGAGCAUGACAGAAUGUGGAUAAAUCCCAGAUAUUAACUCCACAUGCAACUGUAACAUCAUUCAGCACUUCUGCUUUUAUAUAUUUGAGUCAAAUGCAAUUCGUGCCUCUAGA